UUGUUUUAUCAUUUUUGGCAAUUUUGCUUCAAGGCUGUGUGCUUUAAAGUUUAUUUGUUUUUUCCAUAACUGGGAUCUUACAGAUCUAUCUUUGUUAACUUACGUUGGCGUAAACCUAUUUGGCGUAUAAAUAAAGUCUUGUUUAGUAACCAGAUAUUUCUUUAAUUGUUUUUGAGCAAUCAGUGUUAAUGUUUAUUGGCUGUGAUUGUGGGAAAUAUAGUAAAGUUGAGAGAUAACGGAAUUCACAUUAUUCGAAUUAAGAUUUUAUGUUAACUUUGUAUGAUUAUUCUGUUGCAUUAUAUGCAUUCCAAAGGGCUGUUAGUUUUGUGGAAUAUGAAGAUUUAUAAGGUCGGAAGCAUUUGCCAUGCCAUUCACUAGAUGAAAGCCGAGGAUUUAGUGAAUACUUUUAAUGUGAGCCUCAAGAAAAUUUAAAAACAAAAACAGUGAUUUUUUAUAUAUAUAUAUGGAGACAAACUGCAUCUGAAGAUAACACAUUUGCAAAUUUUGUGGAAUACAGAUUUAAAUUAAGAGCUCAUUUUAUCGUGAAAUCCUGUCACAGUGCAGUGUAGAUCUGAGCCUUACGAGUUGACAUUUUAUCAAUAAGCAUUGAAAUCUAAUACUAAAAUCAGGAUUUAAUUGCUUUUAAAAUUCAAGAUCCAUUAUAUGUGCAUGAUUUAUUGAUAUCUGCAGAAGAACAGAAAUCAUGCAAUACCACACAGAAUAUUUGGAUGUAACCUGAUUGGCUGAAGACUAUGAAUUGUGAAUUUUGAUUGGUUGAAAUGUUACUAUGGCAACAUUUGUGACAUUGGUGACCUGGCUUGCGGUUGUUAUAGCAAUAUUGGUGUACAAAACUCAAGGACGAUGCCUAACAGAAAGACCGUUUCAAUACCCACGUCAUCUGUUCUACCGAGGGGAGAGUAUUCCAAUUGUUCUGGAGAACUCUAUGCGCGCCUCGCACAACAUAACAAACCACAUACUCAAGAUUAUUCUUGAAGAAGUCGUCGGCUAUGAGAGGGUGGAAAUACGCACCAAAGACGCGAUGAAUGCUACCGCUAUUAUGAACAGAAUCUCGGGAUGUCCUGUCACAGGGUGUGUUGCCGAUGAACCACCAUCAAGGCCGGAAACCAUGGUGAAUACGGAAGUAUGGAUGAUGGCAGGAUUUAGCCGUGUUCCCUGGACUAAAUAUGGCAACAUCAUUGACCUUGGACCACUAGGGCCGUUUGGAAGGCUGGGUUGGUUCAUGCGUUCAACCACAGUGGAUAACCUCUGGAAAGAUGACAUUAUUGCUGAUCAUUGGCGAGCCCUCAACCUGAAUGCUGUGAUCCGUAACUUCACCCUGGCAGAGAGCAUCGAAACGGUUAAACAACUGACCCGUGUCGGGGACUCCUUCUACUGUAACAGCGCCGAUUGUGUCGAGGGAAUUUACUACGGCCCCAAGUGUAACCCCAAUAAUAUGUAUACUUGUUCAACCCUGCUGGCCAGCUAUCCAGAGAUGGACAUGGGUGCUUUAAAGGCGCAGGUUCGGAAUCUCAAACUUCCUGUCAACAUAGCCUGGAUUGGUCCCCACCUUCAGCACUUUAUCCACGACCGUGUUUCCCGCCAAAACAGACCCGUACUUUUCUUCAGCUGGGAACCAAACACUCUUACAGCUGGUAAACUUUUCACAAGGGUAAAAUUUCCCCUCUGCCAAAAUGAUCUCACCCAACUACCCACGGACUGUGAUUUUGGACUCAACCAGUUUACCAAAGUGGUAUGGUCAAAAGUGAAGACCAGCAUACCAGAAGCGUACCAUGUGAUUUCAAAGAUGACGUUUCAUCAGGACGAAUAUAUCCAAAUGUUGCAAGUUCGGGAUGAGUCUGUGGAAAACGUUGCAUGCCAGUGGGUUCGGAGAAAUGAGGAGGUUUGGAAAACAUGGCUGCCAGCAAAUCUCUCUAAUAAAACGAAAAUCUAUUUAGGUGGCCUAUUUCCCAUGUCGGGUCAUUACUGGACGGAGCCAGGCUUGGUACAAGGUGGUGAAUUAGCCCUGGACAUUAUCAACAAGGAUCCAACUGUUCUGCCGGAACACGAGCUCGAGAUGAUUGUGUCUAACAGCGAGUGUCUCCCAGAUGUGGCGAUGAAGGCCUUCAUCAAAUACAUCACAAACAAUACCAUAUCCAUCGCAGGAAUACUUGGUCCAGGGUGCUCAGAUGAGGCCGAGCCUAUUGCCGCCCUUUCUCGCCAUUUCAAUAUGUUGACAGUGAGCUACGGGGCUGAGGCUUCGUCCCUCUCGGACAGGCAGAAAUACCCGUACUUCUACCGCACCAUACCGCAAGUCGACCAUCAUAGGUAUGUGUAUGAGAAUUUUUUCAACGCGAUGGGUUGGCGUCAAGUCGGGGCAAUAUCUGAGGGUGGGCAGGAGUUUCCUGAAUAUCAUCUACUACUGCAGGACCAUCUCCAACAUUCUGGGAUUUCGGUUGUUGUGAAACGUCAGCUUGUGAGAAACUACCAGCUUAACCAGUUGGAUGUGUCGCAGAUAUUUGCAGAUCUCCGAGCUCAGAAUGUGCGAGUGAUUAUUGCAGAUUUCUUCGUGUUUGCGGCCCGAGCUGUCAUGUGUGAGGCAUGGAGACAGCGUAUGACUGCCCAUGAGGGUUAUGUAUGGUUCCUGCCUGCCUGGUACGCUGAAGACUGGUGGGACGUCGACUAUUACAACUCCAGGCCCAACCCCGGGGAUCCCCGCCCCCAGGAGCACAUUCCUUGUACCACAAACAACAUGGAGUAUGCUAUAGACGGCCAUUUUGUCCUCCAGAAGACGUUUACCAAUCCUGAUAAUACGCCCGUUGUCGGCGGUAUAGAUAUCGGACAGUACAAGAUGUUCUAUGCUAAAAGGGUUGGAAAAGCUGAUCGAUAUGGUACACCAUUUGCCUCGUAUGUGUAUGAUGCAGUGUGGACGUAUGCCAAGGCCCUUGAUCGAGUGUUGCGAAGACAUCCUGGCGCCCUGGAGAACAUACACUCCAAUGAAAACACACAGUUGUUUGUAGAGGAGAUCACAAAGACAAACUUCCAAGGUGUAUCUGGCCACAUUCAAUUCUCAGGCGGUGAUCGGCCUGGUAACAUUUCCAUAGUCCAGAAAUUCUUAAACGAGACCCGCCUUGUCGGUCGAUACCAGCCGGGGCCAGACAACAAAAAGGGGACCCUUGAAAUACAGACAGGGGCUCUUCGUUGGCUCACUCCCGGGGGAAUCACCCCUAGUGACGGAAAUCCAGAAGUGGAAGACUGCCUGAUUGAGGCUUUCCGAGCCGUACUGAAUGUUUCCUGUGAGAUGGCCAUAGUUAUUGCCAACGUUAUGGCCUUCGCAACGUUUGCCCUCAUUCUGAUUGCCAUUCUGAUCUUCUUCAAACUCAGAUAUGACAAAAAGGUCAAGGCCACCCACCAGCGUAUGAAGGAGUUAGGCCUUAUUGGCGGAGACUUUUCUCAGUGUUUCUCACUUGAUGAGUGGGAAAUUCCCAAGGAGAAGGUUGUACUCAAUCGUAAACUCGGGGAAGGGGCGUUUGGGACUGUUUACGGAGGUGAGGCUCAGAUUGACGAGGAUGGGUGGACGGCCGUUGCUGUAAAGACGCUGAAAGUCGACUCGAGUGUGCAGGAGAAGGUUGAUUUCUUGAGUGAAGCGGAGUUGAUGAAGCGUUUCCAGCACCACAACAUUGUCUCCUUGCUUGGCGUGUGUACUCGGGAGGAGCCAGUUUACACCAUCAUGGAGUUCAUGCUGCAUGGUGACUUGAAGACAUACCUGUUGUCUCGUCGUAACUUGGUCGGCUCGCUUGCGAAGGAGGCAGAGGACGUCAGCGCUGAGAAGCUGACACAGAUGGCCCUUGAUGUCGCUCUGGGGCUGCGAUAUCUACAUGAUCUCAAAUACGUUCACAGGGAUCUUGCCUGUCGGAACUGCCUAGUCCAUUCUAACGGCAGCGUUAAGAUCGGGGAUUUUGGUAUGACAAGGCCGACAUGUGAUACAGACUACUACAGGUUCAAUAAGAAAGGUAUGCUACCAGUGCGAUGGAUGUCUCCAGAAAGCCUGUCUGAUGGAUUUUUCUCUGCCAAGUCAGACGUGUGGAGUUACGGGAUUCUGAUAUAUGAAAUCAUCACGUUUGGCAGUUUCCCGUACCAGGGCAUGUCCAACAGUCAGGUCCUGGAGUUUGUGAAGAACGGAGGGCGUCUCAUCCUUCCUAGGAACUGCCCAGAGAAAUUGUACAACCUAAUCUAUGCCUGUCUGGAAGUUAACAUGUCCCCCAGACUGGAAACUGAUGACGUCAUCGACGAUCUCACUAAAAACCCCACACUGCUUCAGCCGUGUCUCAACGCUCCGACGGCAAGUGUUGUGAUAGAAGAGCCAGAAAUAUGUGAAAUUCCGACCGCCUCAUGUCAAAACACUGUCAACCAAUCAAAUGUUGCAAAAUUUACAUCGCUUCUAAAUAGACGAUCUUUUUAUAGCAGUAUGUCUCAAGAAAAGUUGAACAAUGUUAAUGUUAAACGUUGGAGUGGUUCGAAUGUUCUUAAGCCCGUGCUGAAUAACAAACCAACGAUAAAGACGUUUAUUCCGGUAAUGACAGGAAGACCUAGAAGUAAUAGUCUUGAUUCGCCAUACGACAGUAGCUUUGAAAAACAGUGUUCAAAAACCUCAUAUUCGCCAUCAAGAACUAGAAAAGACAAGUCGAAAAGACAUUCUGAGGAAUUUACCGGCCCUAGUUAUAGUAAAUAUAUUCCGUUGCUAAGCAACGCCUCGUAUUACUAUAAUAAAGACCAAUCAAGUGACUAUUAUAGUGACACGUCCAAAGAAAUGUGUCAGAAUAUCACGUCUGUAUGACAAUGAAGCACAGUACAACCUUAUCCAUGGAAAUUCAUUCUUUUUUUCCCGAAAAUGUAACACAAGGACUGUAAUAUAGACCGUACAUAUCCUGCUUAUAUUAUUAACAAGCUUUUAGAUCACAAAAUUUCAUAGUAUCUGAUAAAGAAUUGAAAUUAUUUACUUAAAAAUCAAAAUAAGCCUGGACCAAAUUGCCUGUCAUCGAAGAGAAAUAACACAACUUUUGAUACAUUGAGUUGUUAUCAAUGUGCAAUCAAGUGCUUAUUCUUUUAAGAUUUAGAAUUAUAUGGCACAGUUAUCUGAUACAUGUACAUGUAUUUGAAACAAUGGUAUUCACGAAUUAGAACAAUUAUUAAAUUUCAAGCACACUUAUCAAAAGAUUUGUGUAUCUCAAAAGGUCAUACAUACAACAUUAGUCCUUGUCUGUCUUUGAGUAUUGUAUGUGUUAAAAAUCUGGUUCCCUGUUUGAAAAAGUUACUGGGUUGUACUGUGCUUCCGUUUUAUCAUAGCUUCAAGCAUUUUAAUUCAUCAUUUCUGUUCCACAUAUUUGUCACUGUAUACAAUACACUGAUUUAACUUGUUGUUGUGGAUAUACUGAUAUAACUGAUAUAACUUGUUAUCUAGGAUACACUGAUAUAACUUGUUUUCUUGGAUACACUGAUAUAACUUGUUAUCUUGGAUCGCUGAUAUAACUUGGUUUCUUCGAUACACUGAUAUAACUUGUUAUCUUGGAUCGCUGAUAUAACUUGUUAUCUUGGAUACACUGAUAUAACUUGUUAUCUUGGAUACACUGAUAUAACUUGUUAUCUUGGAUACACUGAUAUAACUUGUUAUCUAUGAUAAACUGAUAUAACUUGUUAUCUUGGAUACACUGAUAUAACUUGUUGUCUUGGAUACACUGAUAUAACUUGUUAUCUUGGAUCGCUGAUAUAACUUGUUAUCUUGGAUACACUGAUAUAACUUGUUAUCUUGGAUACACUGAUAUAACUUGUUAUCUUGGAUACACUGAUAUAACUUGUUAUCUUGGAUACACUGAUAUAACUUGUUAUCUAUGAUAAACUGAUAUAACUUGUUAUCUUGGAUACACUGAUAUAACUUGUUAUCUUGGAUACACUGAUAUAACUUGUUAUCUAUGAUAAACUGAUAUAACUCGUUAUCUUUGAUACACUGAUAUAACUUGUUAUCUUCAAUACACUGAUAUAACUUGUUAUCUUCGAUACACUGAUAUAACUUGGUAUCUUCGAUACACUGAUAUAACUUGUUAUCUUCGAUACACUGAUAUAGCUUGUUAUCUUCGAUACAUGGACAUCCAUGUUUCACGAUAUUUAAUUUUAAAAUGCAACAUAAAAAUGUUCCCCCAUCAAGCAGUUUGCAUAAGACAACAUUUGCACAUAAUUGACAUGAUGCAAAACCAACCUGAUAUAAAUAUUCAUAAUUGUUCAACCAAUGGAGAGGUUUACUGGUCACAUGCUAACCCAGGACAAGCAAAUUCAAGUGGCUUUGGAUUUCAUAUAUUUUGCUAAACAAAGUUGGUAAUUAUUGAGCAUGGUCUUGAUCUGAUUCAGUGUCAUGUCAAAUGUAUAUCUGAAUUGUUGUGGUGAACAAUUGUUACAUAUAAUGUUUUAUCUUAUAUUCGUUGAACCAAGGGGUUUUGGUGAUAUAUCAGUUCUUUUAAAAUAAAGCUGUUAUCAAAAUUAGCCCAUGGAAAAACCCUUUCAAGGAUUUUAUUUAUAUUGAAAUUUAUAAGAAAAAACAAAGCCUGCCUUGUUACCAUACAUAUCCAAAUAAACACUCUGUGUAAUUUUUAUUGAAAGUAUUGAAUGAUAAUGAAGAGAUUUCAAAACACCUUGGUUCCACAAUAUCUCAAAUGCCAAAUUUUAAUUUUGUACAUUUUAAUAUGAAUGUUUCAUUUUUUCACUUUCUACCUUCAAAAUCAAUUGUGAUAUAAAAUGUCUCAUUAUUUGUGCUAUUUUGCUAUUCUUUUUUGUUUUUGAGGAAAAAGUUGAUGUAUUGUUAUAGCCUUUAUCGUCAUUGGCGUCCUCGGUGUUGUGCAAAAAUUUGACCCUUAGCAAAAACUCAUUAACUAUUUUAGAUUUUUAAAUGAAACUUGCUGCACAUGCUGCCUGAGACAAACAUAUCUGCUGCAAGGUCCAUAACUCUGGCUUGGAUAAUUGUUGAGUUAUGCCCCUUUUGAGAUUGACAACUACUUAGGAGUGUUAGCGUUCACUCCUCAACACUGUUGUACAUGUAUCGUUAUAUUUUCAUACUAGUGUAUGAUUGAAUAGAAUUUGAGAGCAUGAAAUAUUAAUUUGAAUUAUUGUUAUAGGCAUUAUUUAAAAGAAAUGUUUCAGUCCAUAUUCAUUAAAGACAUUUAACCCUUUUAUUUUUAUGGUCAUGGUCACCUAACUCAAGUCAUCAAAUUUUCAUGCGAUGUGUAAUACAUAUUCUUCAUUUUUCAACCACAGAAUGGUGCUAAUUUUAUACUGACAAAGUGUUUCUGGGUAACGUUGAGCUUUAUUGAUAACAUAUCAGGAGCAGUAGAACAUUCCAUAGACAUUACUGAAAAAUAUCCAACAUUUUAAAUAUCUACUUCCUUCUUAGUUGUUAUCAUAUGUAUAUUUGUUGCUUGAAUGAAAUUGAUUAAAUUUGAAAAACAA